CAGCUUACUUUAGCGGUGGAAUCUAUGUGUUAGAUAACGGAAUUUAAUUCGUCUGUUAACUUGAAUGAUGUGCGUUACUGGUUAGUGAAGAAACUGGCCUUGACUAAAUGUUUUCCGAAUACAGUGCAAACCGACCAUUCUUAGUUAAAAGGUAAAGAGACGCAGCCGCUAGUUUCUCUCCCGUUACUGCCGUCUGCCGUUAUUCAUGCAGGCCGUCGCUGGUGCUCACAGAACCACAUUGAAGCCAGCUUAGUUGUAGAAACGAAUCCAGCCAGGGAUCCAGUUAGCUCAGUACUUAGAAGGUCUCCAGAGUGUGUUUAAAACACAUCAAGUGAUAAUGAGCAAGAGACCGCCACCUGAUCCUGUGGCAGUGCUCAGAGGCCAUCGGGCUUCUGUUAUGGAUGUAUGUUUCCACCGUACUAAACCUAUACUUUUCUCCGGAUCUACUGAUGGUGAAUUGCGCAUUUGGGAUGUGGUCCAGCAUCGAACAAUAUCAUCUGCAUGGGUGCAUAGUGCAGCACAUGGGAUUUUAUGUGUUGCUAGUAGUCGUUUCAAUGGGGCUAACAAAGUUAUCAGUCAGGGUAGGGAUGGAACUGUUAAGUGUUGGGACAUUGAAAAUGGAGAUCUAUCAAGGAUCCCUUCACUUACUAUCAAGACAAAUUCUUAUCACUUUUGCAAGCUUUCAAUGGUAAAGAAACCUUGUGCUAUUGCAAACCAAGUUGAAGGGCCUAGUCAUUUCUACGAGAGGGAGGUUAGAGAAACCAGUGAUGUUGAAAGUCUGCAUGAAGGAGAUGAUGCACAUGCUGAAGGACCUAAGUGUGUGGCUAUAGCAGGGGAACAAUCUUCCGAGGUAGAGAUAUGGAAUCUCAACACUGCAGAAAGGUGUGCACGAUUAUUUGAAAGCUGUUCUGUUGUCUCCUCAAACGUUACAACUAAAGGAAGAGGGAUGUGCAUGGCAGUUCAAGCAUAUUUACCUCCUAACUCACAGGGAUGUAUAAAUGUCUUGGCUGGUUUUGAAGAUGGUUCCAUGCUUUUGUGGGAUGUAAGGAAUCCUGGGACUCCAUUAACUUCUGUGAAGUUUCAUUCAGAACCAGUUCUAAGUCUAUGCAUUGAUGGCUCAUGCAAUGGAGGCAUCUCAGGUGCUGCAGACCAAAACAUUAUAAUGUUUAAUUUGGAUCAUUCCACAGGUUCUUGUGUGAUGAAGAAAGAAAUUAGUUUGGAACGACCUGGUAUAUCAGGUACCUCAAUUCGACCAGACGGCAAAAUUGCUGCUACUGCUGGCUGGGACCAUCGAGUUCGGAUAUAUAACUAUCGCAAAGGAAAUGCGUUGGCUAUAUUGAAGUAUCAUCAUGCUAUGUGCAAUGCUGUGUCAUUUUCAACUGAUUGUAAACUCAUGGCCUCAUCAUCGGAAGACACGACAGUUGCACUGUGGGACCUCUAUCCUCCUCAAUCCUAAAACAGAAGUAUUAACUGAUAUCAGUUUUACACCCAUGAACUUCAGCUCAUGAGAGGUUAUAUAUCUUGGAUCAUGUAUUCCCCAUGCUUAGUUUAUGUUUAUAGAGGUGUUGAAGUGAUAGAAUUAUCACGUGGUUUAUUUUGUAUGUUAUCUUUUGGAAAUUGGUAAAACUAUGACAACAUUUUGGGGUUUAAUAAAAUGAAUCAUUUCCCAA